UUGCGCAAACGAUAUUGUAAACGGCGAAAUGUUAUAAAUCGUAAAGUUAGAAGAAAAUAGAAAGUACGUGUCUACGGUCACGUCUGGAUAGAGGUCGUGACCGAAUCUAAAGAAGUAGAAUCCCGUUCGGCAGUGGAAGGAUUGGAGUCGAGGGAUCGUAGAGAAGGUAGUUGACAAAACGUCUAUCGUGUUGUCGUGAGAGAGUGUGUAUGGUGCAUAUUAAGGAGAAUCAUCGUCAGCUAACUCUUCGUAGUGAUUUCUACCGCGAAGAAAAUCAACGACACGUGCAGCCGGGUACUAGUGAAUCGAAUUUCAUCGACAGGUCAUCCAGGAGCGCACAAUGAGCUUCCUAUUCGGAAGCAGGUCUUCGAAAACCUUCAAGCCAAAGAAGAAUAUUCCUGAGGGUACUCAUCAAUAUGACUUGAUGAAACAUGCAGCUGCCACCCUGGGCUCUGGAAACUUGAGACUUGCAGUUAUGCUUCCAGAGGGUGAAGAUUUGAAUGAAUGGGUUGCAGUAAAUACUGUUGAUUUUUUCAAUCAAAUCAACAUGUUAUAUGGCACUAUCACAGAGUUCUGUACAGAGGAAAGUUGUCCCAUCAUGUCAGCAGGACCAAAAUAUGAAUAUCAUUGGGCUGAUGGGCACACUGUCAAGAAGCCAAUUAAAUGUUCUGCACCAAAGUAUAUUGAUUACUUAAUGACUUGGGUGCAGGAUCAGUUAGACGAUGAGACCCUGUUUCCAUCAAAAAUUGGAGUUCCUUUCCCAAAAAAUUUUUUGUCCAUUGCCAAGACAAUACUGAAACGAUUAUUCAGAGUGUAUGCACAUAUCUAUCAUCAACACUUCAGUGAAGUGGUACAACUUGGGGAGGAGGCACACUUAAACACAUCAUUCAAACACUUCAUAUUUUUUGUUCAGGAAUUUAACUUGAUAGAGAGAAGGGAAUUAGCGCCGUUGCAAGAGUUAAUAGAGAAGUUAACAGCGAAGGAUGCUCGAUGAACGAUCUCGAUCACUGACCUAAAACUCCUCCAAAGAAUCUCACCCGUGCUAUCUUUUUAACAAACGUGUAACUAUGCAUGUUAUUUAACUAACCCAAUUCAUUGCUAACGCGAUCAUUGCCUCAAGUCAGGAGUCACUGGUAUUAUACAAUAUGACGUAUUCUAUUCAUUUACGAAAACAAGUGACUGAUACACGCAUUUUAUAAACGGAAGUAAUGCUCGACGAACAAAAAAAAAAAAAAAGAAAAAGAAAAAAGAGAGUUUGAUCAUUCGCAAGAUUGAUGAAAUUACGGAUCAAGGGGGUGAGAAUUAUCAAUGUAGACUUUUGUAAAAUAGUUAUACAUCCGAUACACAUCAUAGUGCUCGUUUUGUUUCACACUUUAAAAGAAGAGAAGAAAAAAAAUGUUUUUUUAAUUAGUCCAGGUGAAUUGUAAUU